AGCGACUCGCCGCUCACCAGACCAGAAACACAAAAAAAACGCAUAAAACCCCCGCCUUUCCUCUCCUCUUCAAUUCCCCACUCUCUCUGAAUCAUUUGUGUAUAUAUAUAUUCGCAGAAUCUCCUUCGUUUCUCUCCCCCCUCUAUCUCUCUUUAUCCGCUCUUCACCUAAUUCUCGGUCACUUCUGUCUUAAACAGGUUUGGGGCUACGCAGAUUGAAUCACCAUGUUUCGCAUAAAGCAGACUCCUAAUCAGGAAAAUGAAUCUGCCCAGAAAGAUGCCAAGGUGAAGGAGCUCAAGACACUGAUUGGGCCACUUUCUGGACGUAGUUUACAGUACUGUACUGAUGCAUGCAUAAGGAGAUAUUUAGAAGCUCGGAAUUGGAACGUUGACAAGGCAAAAAAAAUGUUGGAGGAGUCUCUUAAAUGGAGGUCAACGUAUAAGCCUGAGGACACCCGCUGGAAUGAGGUAGCACAUGAAGGUGAGACUGGCAAAGUGUAUAGAGCCAACUUUCACGAUCGAUGUGGGAGGACAGUUCUCAUAUUACGACCAGGAAUGCAGAAUACAGCUGUAGCUGAAACUCAGAUCCGCCAUUUAGUAUAUCUUAUCGAGAAUGCUAUCCUCAACCUUCCUGAAGGUCAAGAGCAGAUGUCUUGGUUGAUAGAUUUCACUGGAUGGUCAUUGAACACCAAUGUCCCCAUCAGAACUGCACGGGAAUCGGUGAAUGUUUUACAGAAUCACUACCCUGAGAGGCUCUCUGUUGCGUUUCUCUACAAUCCCCCAAGGAUUUUUGAAGCAUUUUGGAAGAUUGUUAAAUACUUUCUGGAUCCGAAAACAAUCCAGAAGGUAAAAUUUGUAUACCCAAAUAAAAAAGAUAGUGUGGAGCUUAUGAAGUCAUACUUUGAUAUGGAUAACCUUCCUAUCGAGUUAGGUGGAAAGGCUAAUAUGCAGUAUGACCACGAAGAGUUUUCAAGAAUGAUGGCCGAGGACGAUGUAAAAUCUGCAACCUUUUGGAGUGGAUCUGAUAAUAAUAAGCUCGCUGUUGUAAGUAAGGGAUAUUCAGGAGGAGCAGAGGUAGUUCCAGAGCCAUUGGCCCUUGCACCACCCGCCAGCUGAGUCCCAAACACCUCUGAGCGGUAUAGUUAGAAAAGCUGCUAGCGACUGUACUUGCCAAAACUAUUGGUUACCUGUUGUAGUAAGCUGAAGGAAUUUUCUUAGGAUGCCUCUGAACUCAUUGUGGGGAUAUCAUUUUUUACUGUGUAGUUCACAGAUGCCUCCAUACCCCAUUUAUAAUAAAAAUGAAAAACUUAAUCAUCUCUGUGUAUUGUUUAAUAAGUGAAAUGCAUUUCUUCCAUCUCUCUCUCUCACACACUGGCACUCACUUAAGUAGCAGUGUGGUUGUUUCUGGAAAAUUGAAUAAAAGGGAGAAAUAACUUGAGCACGGA